UCUUGGAGAAGAUAAACAAAAAGGAAGGAACCCUUCGGCCAUACAAUCGCGGCAAAAAAACGGUUCAAAAAAAUUAGCUUGAAAGCUAUAGUUAGCAACUUCAUGUGCCUAUUUUAUUGCUUCAAUAUUUAUUAUUAGGCGUUUACAACCAUGGACGAGUCUAUAGUGUUUCGUAUGAGUGCGUUUUCGGAGCAAGGUGGGAGGAAAUACAUGGAGGAUGUUGUCGAGAUAAGAAUCGAGUACGAGCCGACGCCGUCGUCAGUCGAAGAUUACCAAAAGUCUCAGACGCAUGGAGGACAAGGAAAAGCGGAGAGUGAACCUACCAAACAGACUGAAAAUGCGACACUCGAACAUAGCGUAGAGGCCGAUUCGGGUCCGGCUUCUGCAAUGUGGGUAGAGAGUCUCUCAAGCGAGGACGGCGGCAACAACAGUGCACCGGUGUCUGACGGAAAAGUCGCGGGGCAUGUCGUCGACACUCGGAAGUCUGUGGCUUUUUUCGCCGUGUUUGAUGGACACGGGGGUCGGGAGGCUGCACACUUUGCGAGAGAGAACCUGUGGGAACUGUUGAAAAGGCAGCGAGGGUUUUGGUCGAAAGACCACAGUGAAGUGUGUGCCGCUCUUAAAAAAGGGUUCAUCGCCUGUCACCAUGCAAUGUGGAAAGAGCUACCCGAGUGGCCAAAGACCAUCACUGGCCUGCCCAGCACAUCAGGCACCACAGCCAGUGUGAUUGUGAUCCGUGGAGUUCACAUGUACGUUGCCCAUGUGGGGGAUUCAGCAGUGGUGGUCGGAGUGCAAGAAAACGACUCUGAUAUCACGCUCCAGGCACUAGAAGUCACACAAGACCACAAACCGGAACUUCCUAAAGAAAAGGAAAGGAUAGAACGCCUGGGUGGCAGUGUGAUGAAGAAAUCUGGGGUGAACCGUGUCGUGUGGAAGAGGCCCAGACUGACGCACAACGGACCCGUGAGGAGGAGCACAGUCAUUGACCAGAUCCCAUUCCUGGCUGUAGCCAGAUCCCUCGGGGAUCUGUGGAGCUACGACUUCUACAGUGGGGAGUUUGUGGUUUCUCCGGAGCCUGAUACCACCGUCAUGACGCUUGAUCCCAAACGGCAUCGCUACGUCAUCCUCGGCAGUGAUGGACUGUGGAAUAUGAUGCCUCCCAAAAAUGCUGUCAACAUGUGUUCUAGCCAUGACAAAAUGGUGGGACCAAAGGGGAUGUCAUGCGCCAGGCGGCUGGGAUGCACGGCCCUAUUGUUCUGGAAAGAGCGAAUGCUCCGAGCAGACAACACAACAGUUAUUGUCCUGGCCCUGCAGGAGCGUGACGGCCCUCCCAUCCCUAUGCACAGAGAUGAGAUCGUUGUUGACAUGGCCACAGGAAUUGACCAUGUUCCAUACCCAGGAACGACUUACAACACGUGUGAGGUCCCAAAGCAGGGUGAUGCAGUGAACGCACCCUGCCCUUUUAAAGACAGUUCCGCGGCUCUGGAGCAGGCGUUCGGGCUGUAUGAAGCAGCUUUCUGUGCCACCGCACGGCUCUCACCUGAUGUUGACUCUAUGGGGGUCACGCUGCCCCCGUCAGAGGGCUCUGUGAAUGUUUUCGAAAAGCAAGACUCCACAACCCAAGUGGACUGUGUUACAUGUCGUCCUCCAUUAAAAAGGUCUCGCCGUUCCCCAAACACACCACCUGAAACCGGAGGUCGUAGCCGCCGCCGCCGCCCCGGUCGGUCCGCCAACAAAAGCGUCCCCCAGGAGACGCCUGUUAGCGGCGCACAAAGCGGACAACCCAGUCAAAGAAGCUCCUCGCAGGAUUGCAGUAUCCUACCACAGCACUGCAACUCUGCCUUGUGCGUGUGCUGAAUCCUGUCUCAUAUAAACAGUGUUUCAACCCCCCCCCGACCCCCAGAGACCGGGAGGAAUACAUCGCACCGGGUCAACUUCGGUUUGCUACAGACCCUUAAUCUUAGAUGUAUACUUUUUCUAAAAAGUCUUUUUUUGUUUUUGUAAAAAUUCCUGAGAAAUUUGAGAUUGUAAAUGUGUGACCUGAUUAACGUGUACUUCUUCUCUUUUUGCUGCCCCCCCCCCUUAAAAGUUUAAUGUAAUUAAAAUUACAAUUUUAGAUCUGUUCAAUCUACACAAUCUAUUUUCAUACUUCAAAGUAUGUAUAGUAUAUUGAAAAAAAAAAAAGAACGUAUUUAAAAAAAAAAAAAAAGAUAGAUCACUACAAUCUGAGACAACUACAGUUAACAUGAACAGUGACACAGGCAGCCUUCCAGUGAUUCCAUUUAUCAAAUAUACCAACUCUUUUAUGCUGUUCAGACUUUCCUGGAUGGAGUUUAUACCUCAGACAACUUGUUUGCCAUUUAUCCUCUUGGAGCCUUUAAGAUGCUUGACUUUCUAGUUUGAUUAGGAGACCCUGACAGUAUAAUACUUGAGAGCUCAAAGACAUGGAUAGAAAUGACAAACAAGAGUCCGAGGUUGUUAUUAGGGGACUGAUUUCAAGUCUAUAUCCUUAGUUUUGUGUCUUUACUAGUGGGAAAUAAUGUACCAUCAUGAUCAUAAUUGCUCCUUUUAAGCUAUUCGGUGUAUCUUAUGCAUAGUAUGUGAGGAUGUGUUUAAAGGGUCAGUUCACUGAAACCCCCAAACUCCAGAAAAGUAUAAGAAAAUGUGAUGAUUUUAUUUAGCAUAGUGGUAUCUAUCCAUGUAGGUAGGUAAUAUAUAUAUAUAUUUUUUUUAGGGAACUGACCCUUUGAUGGUUCUUUUCUAGAGAGUCAUAUUGAUCCAUUCCAAGCAUCUUCAUGUAUGAGUUGGCCAAUUACCGUACUGUUUUUAUUCAGUUUUGAAACCUUGGGUGUAUCCAUACUUUUUUUUAAGGUGUAACUAUCAGAAGCACAGGAUGUUGAGUAAUGAUGAAAAAGUCUUGACCAAUACCUGUGCCUCACUGGGAAGUGGUUCAGAGGCAGCUUGGACCUUCAUAUGCGUUUAUUUGAAGUGUCUACUAGGUACCAUAACCAUUAGAAUUGGUCUUCCUCUGUGUUCUCAUAUAUUGUUGUCUUGUGUGUGUGUGUAUGUGGUUUCCAUCCAUAACCUGUGUUUUAAUCUGCACAUAAAACACAUUAUGGUACUUAUGUCAUAAAACAAGAAGUGCCCCAUUCAUGGUUGAUAGUGGUCAAAGUUCUAACUUGUUUUAUUAUGGCAGCUCAGUAAGUGUUCGAGCAGAUUUGUUUGCCUUCUUUUUACAUUAAAGUGUCAUGUUUGCCUUAGCACAAACGAGUCAGAGGUGCUUCAUACAAGUGUGAUUCUUAUGGAUGUGUCAUUGUAAGUAUGGCUGUGGCCCCAGCUCCAACCAUGUAUCAUGCACUCUCCUCCGUUCUCCAACCCGUCUCAUUGAAGCGUUCAUGCUGCAGAAAAUAAACCCCCUGUUAAAUGUUUCUCAGUAAUAUUCCAGAGCAGUGUGUUUGUUUUGUACAGUACUUCAAUAUGCAAUACAAAUUUGUACAGUACAUUAUUAUGCAAAGUCAAUGGAUAUUUUGGGAGUCUGGCAUGCUCUGAUCUACUCUGUAUGUUGUGAAGUGUUCAGAGGUUGUGGAAUUUCAUGAGCAUGUGGUUUGUUUUUGAUAUUUACAAUACUUGGUUCUGGCUUCAUGUCCAGUGCGGCCAGGUUUCAAGACUAACUGUAUAACUUACAUACUUUGAAAGUGGCUGAUGAUAUAAUGUCUGUGUGUUGUAAUAAAGUUCUCAUUUUUCAAUUGGUGCUGUCA